UCCCGUCCCCCCCAUGUCCCGCCCCGCGGCGGCGGCGGGAGGCAGCCCCGGCCCCCGCACCAGCGACUGGUACCGCACCAGCCCCGGCCUGCCCGGCCGGUUCCAGCAGCCCGCCUGUUUCCGCGGCUACGGGGAGCCGGAGCCUCACCCCCGGUACCGGACCACCAACCAGGCCUACGGCAGCAAAGCCCCCACGGUGCACGAAGUGCCGACCUCCUUCCACGUCACCUCGCACACGUUUUCGAAUGCGCUGGCACAGUGCGGCAUGUACAGGGAGAACGGGCUCAACACCUCCCUGGACAAGAGCCACGUCACCGGCCCGGACAACUUCAUCACUGCCUACAACCACCUCGACUUCCAUCCCAGCUACAACCCAAGCGGCCCGUCGUUCUGUUAGAUCGCCAGCAGUAAUGACAAUAGGAAGCCGCUUCAGUUUACUGCUGGCUGCCUAGAUUAAAAAAAAUGAAACCCCCCCAAAAACCCACGAGCAAGCAAACAGCACUGACCUUAUCCUAAACUUGUUGCUAAGCCUCAUCUGAAAGCACGACAGGAGGCCCUACGCCCUUGCAGUGUAGCUGCUAAAGGGGGUGACAGGCUAUUUCAUCAAGAAUACGGCAGGUUUCUGUUACAGUCACGCCAUCGGGCUGGGAGCACGCGCUCCUGUUAGAGCACUCGGCUUCAGGUUACCUCUCCUGCACGCAGACCUGGGAUCUCGCAGUUGUUAUCGCUGAGGAGAGUAAAACUGCAUAGACCGUCAGGAAAACAAUUUAUACGGCACACUGAGCAGCAGCAGAUUAACGCACAUGCUGCACGCUAUUCACCACCUAAGUCAGGGUUUAAUGAGCAUUUUUCUUCUGAACACAGGAAAAAAUAAUACCAAACCUUUCAGCUCGGUAAUGUGAGACCUGCUGUUACAAUGUGAUGAAUAGCUACAAAAUUAGCAGGUUAAAGGUAGCAGGACAUUUCCAAAAAUAACCAGCCCCGGCCCAGACUGUGGUGGGUUUUUUGUUUUUAACAGGACUCCUAUCUAUUUAAGGUCACAAAUUUAGCUUUGGGGGAAAAGGAGUUUAAAUCUGUGUUAUCAAAACUGAGUUCAAUAAUUUGUUAGGAAAACCAUAUACGGCCACUUUGGUACUAGAUGAAAACCACUAAUUUACAUAAUGACUGUUAUUAGGAGUAAUAUCUUAAUUUAUAAGGAUUUAAUGUGAUUAAAUGUCAGUUAAAUAGCUCAUACGAACCAUUUUACUUAAUUUAUAGGCAGCAUAUAGUUAUAAAUACUAGAACAAUAUACAUGACAUAAAUAGAUAUUCCCUUAACCUUUUCUCUGUCACUAAUGAUCCUUUAAACUCUUGGCUCAUGUACCACAUAUCAUUAAAAAUUAAGAUUUUUAAACUGUUUCCGUACUAUUUAAUGAAUAACCAAACCGCACGUUUCCCAGAGGUAUUCAUUAAGCCUUUUGAUUUCAUGUAGAGAGCACGUUCAUCUUUCUUACUUCUCAAAAGUACAAUGUUUUAAGAAACUAUUCAAAUAAAGACAACCACUCCGAGAA